UAUUUCUCUGCUCCCUUGGCCUAAAUCAAUAUUAUUUCGUUUAACAUAGCUUUCAUUCCUGCUUGUCGAUCAUUUGGUUUAUUCUGCUAUUGAUUUGUUACGCUACUUCGCAUUUGGCACUUCCCACUUUUCUUUCCUAGAAACUCAAGCAUUUCUUAUGGCAUCAACCAGUAUUUCCAGCUGCACCUUUGUAGCUUACCCACCGGUGCAGGACAUCUACGACGUGGUUCCACGCCCGAUGACGGAAGAAAUCCCAGUGCCCGAAGGGGUCACCUCCGCUCCCAACGCCCUCAGAUUUGUCCGACACGUGGGCGGUAGCAGUCCAACCUUCCCGACCCAUCCCCAUCUCUUCACGAUUCCCGGGAACACGCUAGAAGAAGCGCAGGAAUUUGUGAAUGCGAUGCUCGCAACGACCCGCUGGAAUUUCCAGAGAGGCACCCCACCCUCCGAGAAGGAUUUGGCUCAAACCAAAGGCCGAGGCCGCCGGCCGGAGGCUUUCUUCAAGCUGGAGUAUCGCUGCUCGUCCGGUGGACAGUCCAAGCGUGUCUCCAACUCGCGCAAGAAGAACCACACAUCCGCCCGCUGUGGAUGUAAGGCACGCUUCUCAGUCUCUCAUCAUAUCCAGACAAACUCGCUGCGAGUCGCCUGGCAUUGGCAACAUAACCAUGAGCUCACCUCCCAUCAACAAAUGCUCAUCACCCGGCCGCCGCUCGUGGUCGAUAACUGGGUCAAGGACAGAGUCGACGCUGGACUGGGAUGGAAGGAAAUCUACGACCUCACCCAGACUAAUGAUGUGUUGGAUCUGCAAUCGUCUACUGUCAAGCCGGAGGCCUCUGGUGUCACUUACGAUCGGGUCCGCUACCUCAUAAGGACCCGGAGGACUGCAAAUUCACAACCCGACAUCUGAGUUUCUUUUUCUUUUUUUUACAUUGACAUGACCUCUCCGGUGGAUCGUUUUGC